UACACGUGUAUGGAGUAACUGAAACUUUUUAAAUUGCAAUUGCACUUGCGCACGUUGAAAACUCAGACGAAAACAGUGUGCCCAGACUGGCACUUUCCAGAUAUCCAUAUCUCACGGCAGAAAAAUAAAGAUUUCCAUUAUUUGUUCUGAGCAAUGCCACUGUGCGCCGCAGUUUUAGCGAAUUUGUUAAUAGAAAAGCACGACGUAUUUAACCACUGCAUAAAUAAAUAUAAAUGAAGUAGUCGCGCAGUUUACACCGGUUUUGUGCGGCUUCAGACUCAGAAACUCGGUUGGAAGAGAUUUCUCGUUUAGACAUCCAUGUUCGAUGCGAACGUGUUCGUCGAGAUUUGUCGGACAGUUUGGUUUCGAACUCGGCCGGGAAAAGUUGAAAAAAUUUCAAGAAGCAGCUGCCAGACAGCUAAAAGCAGUAAAAACCUGAAGAAAACCCGUGGAAACGACGUUUAAAAUGAAAUGUGCGUGAAAAAAUACUCAUUGUGUUAUUUAUGAGACCAAAAUAACGAGAUUUGCCCGGUUAAACAAUGUUUUUGAUGAAAUUUUGGUGCUAAAACGACGCCGUCGCACUCGCACUCGUCGAUUCGCUUUUGUGCUGGUCGUUCGUUCGAAAUUGUUUACGAAUAGCCGUGUGUGAUAAGAGUGCAAAAACUGGAAAAAGGAACAAUAUCCGAUGGAAUCUGCGAAUAAAUGCGGUAAAAGCGCAACCACAAGUAAUUGUACAGUGAAAAUGAGCCGGAAAAUAUGGGCGCUUUCGCUGCUGGCGCUGGCAGCGCUGCAACUGCGCGCGGGCAGUGAAGUAGCGGCACAUUUGAAUGUUUUCCUAAAUCCCGUGGAAGUAAUGCGGUUAUUAGGCGUGUCUGCUGAGGUGUACUACGUUCGCGAAGGCCAUAUAAAUAACUAUGCUCUGAACUUCAUUGUACCAGUCCCUGCGAAUGUCAAGGACAUAAGCUUCACCUGGCAAUCGCUGGCGGGGCGUGGCCUUCCGUACAGCAUCAAUGUGGUCAGCUCCGAUCAGGAAGUGCUUCCUCGACCGGCGAUCAAUGUGUCACACAGUGGGGAAAUCCCCACCAGCAUACAAACCUGGUCCAUUGCCCUAAAGUGCAGCGGGUUGAAAGCGGCGGAGGUGGACGUGACUGUCAGUCUGGAAGUGGUGCUUAACCGGUCACUGAAUAAUGUAACGCACCUGGUGUUCCGGAGAAAGAAGAUCUGUCUUGUGAAUGACAGUGCCGAGGAUUUGUCGGAGGACGUGGACGAUCCCCAGUUGCUGGAGACCGUUAUGUUACCACCCACUGGUUUGAUCACCCUGGUGGUUGGUGUUUCUGUGGCCAUGGGAUCUGUGUGCCUGCUCCUAAUGAUUGCGUAUUGUGUCAAGGGAGCAGCCAACAAGAGGCAACAUCAUCAGCACGGAGGACAGCCCAUGAGGACGUCGAGCUUCCAGAGACUAAAUACCCACCCGCCGUGCCAGUCUUCCAUGGGAUCGGCUGCCUAUAUGACGCCCUCGAUUAUAGCCCCGAUUCAUGGCUCCUCCUUGCCCCGCAAAGUUCCAGUUUCCGUAGAGCAGCAACAUCCGGAGGAGCUGCAUCGCCGCAUUUCCGAGUUGACAGUGGAGCGUUGCAGGGUACGACUGUCCAGUCUCCUGCAGGAGGGAACCUUUGGCCGAGUCUAUCGCGGCACCUACAAUGACAAUCAGGAUGUGCUGGUCAAAACGGUGGCUCAGCAUGCUAGCCAAAUGCAGGUGCUUCUACUUCUCCAGGAGGGAAUGCUGCUCUAUGGCGCCUCUCAUCCUGGAAUUCUGUCGGUGCUCGGCGUUUCCAUUGAGGAUCAUACCACACCGUUUGUUUUGUAUCCCGCUCUGAAUAAUACCCGCAACUUAAAGCAAUUCCUGCUGGACCCAGCUUGUGCUCGCACUGUGACCACCAUCCAAAUUGUGAUGAUGGCCUCGCAACUGUCCAUGGCAUUGGAUCAUCUGCACAGCCACGGAGUGGUGCAUAAGGAUAUUGCCACGAGGAACUGCGUCAUUGACGAUCAGCUGAGGGUGAAGCUUUCUGACAGCUCCCUGUCUCGAGAUCUCUUCCCCUCGGACUACAACUGCCUGGGGGACAGCGAAAACAGGCCAGUUAAAUGGAUGUCCUUGGAGGCUCUGCAGCACAAGCAGUUCUCCGAGGCCAGCGACUCUUGGGCCUUCGGAGUCCUGAUGUGGGAACUGUGUACCUCCGCUAAACAACCCUAUGCCGAGGUGGAUCCCUUCGAGAUGGAACACUAUCUCAAGGACGGCUAUCGCCUGGCCCAGCCCUUCAACUGCCCCGAUGAGCUGUUUACGAUCAUGGCCUAUUGUUGGGCCCUGUUACCUGCCGAGCGGCCGACCUUCGCCCAGCUGCAGUCUUGUCUCUCCGAAUUCUAUUCACAAAUCACGCGCUAUGUCUAGGACAGAGAUCAUCAAUGUCAUCCGACAGGGGAUCGGCUCUUUUGAAGAGUUUCGGAGUUAAGCCGAAAGCCUUAGUUGAAUAAAGUCCUGUAGCUUACUCUACUUUGUUAUGGCACGAUUUGCCAAAUCGAAUGUGUAGCCCAUCCCUGGCCCAUCAUCUGUACAUAUAGUUUACAUAUUCAGCUCUUUAAGUAAAUAUCUUUAAGCUUAUUCUACGAUAGACUCGACUCUUACCACAUAGAUGAAAUAGUUCAGCUUGCACAGUUCUCUUUCAAUCCAUCAACACUAGCUAAAACAAAGGCCGAAAUCAAAUAUAGUGAUAUUUAUAAAUAGAGAUAGUUAUGUCUUUAAGAUUACACAUACAUAUUUAUGAUGCAUAUAGUACAUGUUGUAUGUUUAGCAUUUUUGACAAUUUACCGUUUAUAUGAGAGAUCAAAACAUGAUAUACAAAUAUAUACACACAUAUAUACACUCAUAUAUAUAUGCCAAAACAAUUCCAGAAA